AUGUGUUUAGGUUUGCCUCGAUCGUUGGCAGAGUGUUGCCUCCCGUUGACCAACGUUCUGCUGAUACCCGAGUUAAACGGAGGAAGCAUUUUAAACCUCGUUACGUUUUACAUGCUUCUAAGGCAGACUGAAGGUGCUAAGGGAAGUGAGCAUUUACUUAAACGUGUUGUAGCCAACUUGGUUAAUAGCACGGUGAUUGCCGGACUAUUUGGGACACCUCCCGAUUUCCACAAGUUUUCACGCGCAAUAACUGUUACAAACGCACUGGAAAACCCAGAUCAAACUGUUCAGUUUCAAGGAAUAAUAUCGUUGAAGCAACGACACCUGCCGUUGGCACUAUUGCUAGCAGACUACUUGGUCAGCUUGCGUUCGGAGCAGGCAGUGGAGGGUGUUAAAGCAACUAUCGCAGGGGCAAUGACGCACGUAUUGUGCAACGUGCUGUAA